UGAGCGCACAGGUUUUAUUCGGUCGAUGCCUCUACUACGUAUCGCGCGUCAUUCCGCUAAUGUACGGGAAUCAUUACAAAGUGACGACUAGGAAAUUUACCACGAUAUUUAAUUUAUUUGCGAACCGCGAACAUUUUUCACGUUUUUCGAAGUUGUUUUUCGACACACAUCCAACCCCAAUUCAAAAGGAUUAUUGCUUAUUACAUAUUUUUGCUCCAUGUUGAUGAGAAUCAUUGGCAAUAAAUCGAUAGAAUAUAUUGCCCUCAGCAUAGCAUUAGAACGUAAUUUAGUAUAAUGAUAUGAGUUUUCAGGCAGCUAUAAGUAAACGUGAACUAGAGAAGAUACUUAUAAGUACACGUUCCAAUAAAAUAGCUAGUGUUCUUCAGUGGAGGAAAAUGAUGUUGGCAGAAUUAACUGUAAAAAUCGGCACACAUGAUGGCACUUUUCAUUGUGACGAGGUGCUCGCAUGUGCUCUCUUAAAGUUGUUACCACAGUACAAGAAUGCUUCUAUUGUGAGAUCUCGAACUCAAAGUGUCUUAGAAACCUGUGAUAUCGUAGUAGAUGUUGGUGGAGUAUAUGAUCCCUCCAAGCAUCGAUACGACCAUCAUAUGAGGGAAUUUCAGGAAACAAUGAGUAGUCUUAUGAAAAAACCAGAAUACAACUGGACAAUAAAAUUAAGCAGUGCAGGCUUGAUUUAUGGUCAUUUUGGUCAUGCAAUAUUAAAGAAUGUACUUCCAGAAGUAACAGACAACAGAGUCAUUGAUGAGAUCUUCAAAAAAAUUUAUGAUACCCUAAUUAAAGAAAUUGAUGCUAUAGAUAACGGUGUGCCAAUGUAUGAUGCGGAACCAUUGUAUCGAAUAGCUACUGAUUUAAGCUCACGAGUGAGUAGACUCAAUCCUCAAUGGAAUAGCCAAGAUGUGAAUAUCGAAGAACAAUUUGAAAGAGCUAUGGCUUUGGUUUUGGAGGAAUUUCUGGAAUUUGUACAGUAUGCAAAAAACGUUUGGCUGCCAGCAAAAGAUAUCGUACAACAAGCUGUGAAGGAUCGAUUUAAAAUUGAUUCGAGCGGCGAGAUAAUAUUGUUGUCGCAAACUGUACCAUGGAAGGAACAUUUAUUUCAAUUGGAAAAAGAAAUGAAUGUUUCGCCAUCGAUAAAAUAUGCCGUUUUUGAAGCUGAUGACAACUACCGGGUUCAGUGUAUGCCGGUAGCGUUGGGUAGUUUUGUAUGCAGGAUGUUUUUACCGGAAGCAUGGGGCGGUUUACGUAACGAGGCGCUUGUGGAAGCCUGCAAUAUCGAAGACGCCGUGUUUGUACAUUCCGUUCGAUUUAUCGGCGGCCAUAAAACCAAAGACGGCGCAUUGGCCAUGGCGCGACAGGCGCUCCAAAUUGGACAUGCCGCGCAAUGUAUAAAUUGACGAUAUCUAGAUCGCGUUUCUGGCAGUUUCCUGAGCGUGAGCGGCAAAAUGCGCAGCCUUAGCUUGCGCCACUUCGGGGGUGUCUAUUACUCUGCCGUCGGAUCCAAGUGGAGCGUAACCAUAUAAUACAGGCGAAGGAGCG